CACUAUCUCAGUUUUCUCGAGGAUUAUUAUCAAAAAGUGCAUCUUAGUUAAUACUCUUCCCUCAAAAUUAUUAGAAGAAAACACCUAAUCAACUAUAUCUCGAAAUGUUCCAAGCAGUUAAUUCGGUCUUGUCCUAAAUAACUCGACCGGUCCACAACAUCUCCACGACGCGAUGCAUUACACAUAUAUACAUUAUAGAUACAUACGCAUAUAUAUUAAUAUAGUAAUUUAUAGCGACAUGUGUCUAUAUAUAAAUAAGUGUGAUAGUAUAGAACAAAAGUUGAUUUAGUAUCCUCUGUUUGUCCUUGUUAUGUUGUUAUAAAACUUGGAACUUGGAAGCAAACUCAUUUUUAUAUUAUACAUUACAUAAAAUCAACAUGAAAGACAAUUCAAGCUGGUCUUGUUCUUGGUCGUCGUGGAAAAUAUGUUUGUUGUCUGUUCUCUUUCUCACCGAGACGAUCACUGCCGUGAAGCUGCCGCCAAAGUUGGUUGUUCCGGCGCUAUUCGCUUUUGGAGACUCCAUCGUCGACACGGGAAUGAACAACAAUGUCAAAACCGUGGUUAAGUGUGAUUUUCAUCCUUACGGUAUUGAUUUCCAAGGCGGAGUUGCCACGGGGAGGUUCUGCGACGGACGAGUCCCUGCCGAUUUGCUAGCCGAAGAACUGGGAAUAAAAUCAAUUGUACCAGCAUACCUCGAUCCGAAUCUAAAAUCCAAAGAUCUUUUAACCGGUGUAUCAUUUGCGUCAGGAGGUUCUGGUUAUGAUCCUAUAACACCGAAACUCGUGGCAGUAAUAUCAUUAGAAGAGCAAUUAACAUAUUUCGAGGAGUACAUAGAGAAAGUGAAGAAUAUAGUUGGGGAAGAAAGAAAAGACUUCAUAGUAGCCAACAGCUUAUUCUUAUUGGUCGCAGGCAGCGACGACAUAGCCAAUACAUACUACACUAUUCGUGCAAGACCUGAAUACGACAUCGAUUCCUACACUACUCUUAUGUCUGACUCUGCCUCAGAAUUUGUGACUAAACUGUAUGGAUAUGGAGUGAGAAGAGUAGCUGUGUUUGGUGCACCACCAAUUGGGUGUGUACCAUCACAGAGAACCUUAGGAGGAGGUAUUAUGAGAGAUUGUGCUGAGACUUACAACGAAGCAGCCAAGCUUUUCAAUUCAAAGCUCUCCCCAAAAUUGGAUUCGUUGCGUAAAACUCUACCGGGUAUCAAACCGAUCUACAUUAAUAUAUAUGAUCCUCUUUUUGACAUCAUCCAGAAUCCUGCUAAUUAUGGGUUUGAAGUAGCCAAUAAAGGAUGUUGUGGAACAGGAGCCAUAGAAGUCGCUGUGUUGUGCAAUAAAAUCACGUCUUCUGUAUGUCCCGACGUGUCUACUCAUGUGUUUUGGGACAGUUAUCAUCCUACAGAAAAAACUUACAAAGUGUUAGUCUCAUUGUUGAUUAACAAAUUUGUUUACAAGUUCGUCUGAAUUAAAAACUAUUGUCACGGCAUAACGAUUGAUCUUAUCUUGUUUGUAUCAUUUGAAAAUUGUAUUCAAUUUAAAUAAAAUUAAUAUUUCUUCUUGGUUUA